AUGUCAACUGAUAUGAAUCCUGACAGGAACAAUAGCACCUCAUCAUCAGAAACACAGUACUCACAAGAAAAGCACAUCAAGUUUGAGGAUGGCAAUGGAACAAAAUAUUCUGAAAAACCAGUGCCGACCACCCCAGCAGAAAGUUUACACACCAUGGUAGGAAACCAGCCGGUGGAGGCAAAGGCAUUAGCUGAAAAAUUAGGUGAUGCACACUUCAACCAGUUACCAACAUCGCAAAUCAUUACCAUUCUACUAACGUUGUCGUUGGCCAACUUUGUCAGUUUUGCUGAUCAAACUGGUAUCACCGUUGGUCUUUCGCAAAUCGGAAAGGACUUGAACGCACAACAACUGAUCAACUGGGCUGGUUCUGCAUCCUUAUUGGCAAACACCGUUUGUCAAGUUUUGUUUGGUAGGUUGUCUGAUAUCUUUGGCCGAAAGAAUGUAAUCAUGACAUGUCUCAUGAUUUUGUGUAUUGGUGACAUUGCUUGCUCAGUUGCUCGUAAUGGUAUUGAAUUUUUUGUCUUUAGAGCUUUGGCUGGAAUUGGUAAUGGUGGUGUUUCAAGUUUGUGCAUGGUCAUCUUGAGUGAUAUUGUCUCAUUGAAAGAUAGGGGUAAGUACCAAGGUAUCUUGGGUUCCAGUGUUGGAAUAGGUAAUGCUGUUGGUCCUUUUAUCAUGUCUGGAUUUAUCCAACAGUCAAGCUGGAGAAGCUAUUACUACUUCCUUGCACCACUUGCCUUUUGCGUCAACAUAGUUUUGUUCUUUUCGUUGAAGAAUAACAAAAAGUUUGACGACCUCAUUUCAAGAAAGGAAAAGUUCAAGAACAUUGAUUAUUUUGGAAUCAUUACUGCAACUAUCGGGUUGACUUUGAUCUUGGUGCCCUUGAACGGUGGUGGGGUUACCUAUGCCUGGAAUAGUACUCUUGUUAUUGUCAUGUUCACCAUCGGCGGGGUGUUUAUGAUUUUGUUUUUGGGUGUUGAAGGCAAAGUUGCUAAACUUCCCAUGAUACCCUUGAGAUUGUUCAAGAAUGUGUCAUUGUGUUUCAUUUACUUGGCCACUUUUUGCUUUGGUGCAACCUAUUAUAGCUUCACUUACUACCUACCAUACUACUUCCAAAUAGUAAAAGGUAAAGGUGAAAUUGAAACAUCAGUAUUUGUAUUGCCUUUGGUAUUGUGUCAAGCUGCAUUUUCGGUAGUUGCUGGUCAACUAAUCACAUUCACAGGCCGUUACUUUUAUGUUGUUGUUGCUGGAUACAUUCUUUGGUGUUUGGCUUGCUGUCUUUUGGUCCUUUGGAAUGCCAGCUUGCCAGACGGUAUAAAUGUGUUGAUUUUGUUGAUCAUGGGCACUGGGGUGGGCUUUUCGUUCCAGCCCUCAAUGGUUGCAGUACAAGCCAACUGUAAGAAAGCAGAAAGAGCUGUUGCAAUCUCCACCAGAAAUGUUUUGAGAUCAUUGGGCGGAUGCGUUGGUAUUGCUGUUGGAUCAACAAUCGUUAGCAAUUCGGUGCUUAGUUCCUUGAACAGCCUUGACUCUUCAACAUCCCUAAGACAGCUGACAAUUGAGUAUGUGAAAAACCACAUUUAUAAUAAGGUCGACGUGAGCACAUUGACAUCUGCAGAAGUUAAGGAAGUAAGGGACAUUUACACCAAAGCUUUGAGAAACUAUUUCUAUUUGUUGAUUCCACUCAUGGCCAUCUGUGUGAUAACAACUUUUUUUGUAAAGGACAACGGAUUGUGUGCUAUUGACGAAAGACCACCACCAAAGAAGAAAGAAGAUUUGGAAUCUUCUGCCAGCUCGAUAACAUUAAGAAAUUAG